AUGUCUUUCGCCUCAGAUUUAUCCACGGGUGGUAAAGGUGGUACUUUGGAUGCUAUAUUAUUCAAUUUAGAGCAGUUAAAACAACUUGAAGCUGUGUCAGAAAUCAUCACAAAUUACCUUGAUGGCGAUUACAAAGCCGUCCUCCGCACGCCCACAGCGCAAAUCCUGAUUCAAAUCUUAGCAGAGAAUGUUCAUCUUUCCAAAGAGGAACAAACUCUCGCUCUCAAAGAUGCAAAUCUUCAGAAUCGAGAAGUAAUUCUCUAUACUUUUAUUACGGGAUUGGCAGCCUUUAAUGCAUUUCUCCAAACCAAUGUUACCGGACCAUCAGUUGAUUUUGGGGACGUUUUUCAGAGCUCGGAAUGGAAUGCUAGUGAGCUGAGGGAGAAAUGUUUGAGGAGUUUGGAUGUUGAUGGCGUGAGCGUUUAUCAACAUAUUCCCAAGGUGGAAUUAUUUUGUCUGGCGAGAUAUAUUUUCACGACGGUUUUUCCCAGACGUUCUUGGGUGAAGACUUGGGAUUGUAAAUGGAUGAGAAUUAGGAUUAAUGCUUACCAUCAACGACUUCUGAGUGGAUAUUCGAUGAAUGGGAGAAUGAGUGAUUCCACGGUCUUGCAAGAUUUGAUUGAGCAGGAUUUGAAGGAUCUAGAGGCAGAGAUCUUUGCAGAGGAGAGUGCAUUUGGUACGGAUGCGAAGGUUAUGUUUUUGUUGGAAAAGGCGCAGAUUUAUAUCAUGGAGGGCUUGGAUUUGAAGGCAAAGGAGAAUGUGAAGAAAGCCAGUGAGGUUUCGGGAUUUGAGUAUGCGCUUUCCGGAGCUUUGGGAAAGAGAACGAAGUUUCAACAAAAUGAUAUUUCGCAGUUAGUGGUCUUUGCGAAGAGUAGGGAAGAUGCUGCUAGUGCUGAUAUUGGGGACUCAUCUGAGAAGUCGAAGGAAAGUGCUCUCCCAUCGGAUGAAUCUGGGGAGCAAAGCACAACUGGUCCCCAAGCACUGGAGUUGAAUGAUGAUACAUUAUUGGAAUCUAUCGAGUUUGCCAAAACUCCAUCUGACAAAGUGGAUAACACCAAUUUACCAGCAGCUUUAGCUAGUAUGAAACCGGAUGAGCAACCGCAGCUUCAUCCUCUGGAUCAGAUUACCCUGUUAACGGAAGCGACUCUUAAAGAUACUUUAUCUCCUCUUGACAAGCUAAACAGCGAAGAAAUCUUACCAUACGCUGUUCGUGUCCUAUCAGACAAACCUACAAAUUGGCAAAUCUACACACAGGCUCUCUUGGUUCGAAGUAGAAUUGAAGCUCAUAGAUCUAGAACUCAAGAAAGAUCUGUUUUACAACUCCAAGUCAUUGUGGAUCAAAUUAUCGCCGAUACACAAGAAUCCACGCCAUCAGUAGACGCCAACGGAAUCCCCGAAAUCCAAGUCACUUCAUUCCUUCCUCGGGCUAAAGAUGGUGAAUCUGCCCCUGUUACCGAGAGAUUAAGAUACGUUAACCAGCUCAACACCCCUACACGAUGGGAAAUUGAAACCGAACUUGCAUUUGCGUGGUCCAAUGCCGGAUCUCUCGUCAGCGCCCUCGAAAUCUUCAAGAGAUUAAAGAUGUGGGCCGAAGUAGCCUUAUGUUAUCAUUCUGUGGCCCAGGAAGACAAAGCUCGGCAAGUCGUCCGAAGACAACUAUACUACUCUUCUAAAGGCCCGGAAAUGGACAAAUACGAUAUCGAUGCCGAAGCCGUUGUUAAAGAAGAAUGGAACGGUGAAAUGCGCUCUCCACCUCCACCUCACGCACCCCGCCUGUGGUGUAUCCUAGGAGAUCUCGACCAAGACCCAACCUGCUGGGAAAGAGCAUGGGAAAUCUCCAAACACCGCUACGCCCGUGCUCAACGUACUUUGGGUGAUUACUACACACGCAAAAACGAUCUCACUGCAGCUCGCGAGGCAUAUCUUGCUUCUGUAGUCGUAAAUCGUCAAAACAACGACACCUGGUCUCGUCUCGGUGAUAUCGAUCUCAAGACUGGUAAUUGGGACGGCGCCAUUAUUGCAUUUCAACAAAGUAUCAUGAUCGACGAUACCGAUGCCAAAACAUACAGUAACCUUGGAUCGGCCCUCUUAUCCAAACACGACGAACUUAUCUCCUUACAAAAAAUUGCAAAGAAGGAGGAAGCAUCUACCGAUAUCCCGGAUGGCGAGGAAAUCGAUUUCACAUCCUCAGAUAAGAGUGAUAAAUCUAAUGAUCCCAAGGAAAUCCUCAGACAAGCAUUAAUGGCUUAUAAACGCGGCGCGGCAACUGCACAUGAUAAUUGGAAAAUCUGGGAUAACGUCAUCACAAUCGCCACGAGAAUGGCUCCCCCCGCCUUCCCAGAAAUCCUCAUGGGUCUCCGAAAUAUUCUACGUAUUCGUGCGCCGAACGUGGGUGAAUAUGCAAUCGACAUUGAUAUCCUCGGAUCUCUCGUCACUGAAACCGUCAGCAGGGACAAAACCGACGAAGUAGGCCAGCCCGAUGAUUCCGGAAUCUGGAUCCCAAAACGCGGAACCCUAGCUCGUGCCGUGAUUGAAAUGAUGGAGCGGGAUAUCGUCCCCCUCAUCACGAAAAGAGUAGAACUCUAUGAACUGGUAGAGAAAUUGAAGUUGUGGCAAAGGGAUUACAAGGGUGCGUUGGAGGCGGCGGAAAAAGGGUGGAGAGGGACUAUGAAUGGGGAGGGAUGGUUGGAGGAGGAAGAGGCGUGGGUGAGUGUUGUGGGAGCGACGGAGAGGUUAGUGGGUGCGUAUGAGAAUUUUGGGGAGGAGGGUCGUUGGAAGGGGAAGGCGAGGAGUGCAGUUAGGGGGGUUAUGGGGAAGGGGAGGGAUGUUUGGGAGGGGACGAACGGAUGGGUGGUUUUGGAGGGGUUGUUGGAGGAGUUGAGUGGUUAG